AUGACCUUCCUUCGCCCUCUCCUCCCAAUCGCCACCUACGUCAGUCUCGCAGCGGCAGGAAUAUUUCAACUCUCUAUCUUCGACAUUGAAUCGCCUCUCAACGGACAGAUCGUCAAUGCCGCAGGCGAGGCCUUCUAUGCCGGUCUGUCGAGCCCGGCCAGCUACUGUCCUCAUCAGGGAGCCAGUGAAUGCCCCGUCGAAGUACCGGGUGGGCAGCAAGUUUAUGUGUUAGAUUCAGGGGAGAUCGUCUAUACCCCUCCGCACUCCGAAUCUCCGCCUAAUGAUCUAGCCGCUGGUCAAUUCACAAAUACCACGGUGGUUUCGGAUUGCGCUGCUCCAUUCACAAUAUUCAAUUGGCGGAGCGCUUCAACGCCCGUUACAGGAGGAAUCCUCGCGUGUCCUAAGAUCCUUCAAGGUUCGACUGACCCUAAGUACCAAAUUUAUGCCAGAACUCCUGGCUUCAAGCUCACCAAUUGUACCGUGGUCCUUGGAUUGCUCCCACAUCUUCAGUCCAACAACGCCUUUGGUGCUUGGGAGUAUGCAUGAUCCUCGGCCGAGAUCAGAUUCAUAAUAAUACGCAUGUCCUGGAGUUGGGUGGAAAAUCGAUUCGCAGGAGCAUUGGUAGAGUUGCGGGAUUCAGCUGUGUUAUCAACGAUUUACUUGUUUUGAGAGCGACAAAUACAUUCAUACUGGUAUAUGUAAGGCCAACGAUAUAUAGGGAGCGAUGACAUAAUGAAAUACCAUGGCAGCUGGCUAAUUCAUAGCUAUUUGAUCU